CCUCCUUGGCGUUUGACCCCCUCACGCCCCAUUUCACCAUCUCCAUCGAAUCCACCCAACAUAGCGUAGCAGAGGCGAGGUAGACGCUCGUGCUAGUAGAUUGCGCUCUCAUCCGCACCGCACAACAUGCCCUUUCCCUACUCGGCAUCCCCUCUGAUGACUGCGUCUAAGCCAUCACCGCCACCCACGCCGCACCGCAACGUCCCCUCUACCUCCUCCUCAUCUCACGAUGCAACUUGGUUCCAGUCAUCAUCAGCAUCGCCCGCGACAAAUGCUUCCAAAGGACUGAUGGGCUGGCAGAGCUCGCCAGCAGUCCAAUGGGGCUCGACUCCUUCGCUCUUGCCAGCCUCGGUGCAGUGGGGAUCGAAUACCUCAUUCGGCGGGUCAGCAUACGCAUCUACCUCUCAUCAACCACUUGAGUCACCAUCGCACGUACUGUCGCCGCCCGACAAAUUCCGCAAGUCGGAGAGCAAGCGAAAACGUUUCGAGGAUGAGGACGAAGAUGAAGAGAUGGGCGGUCUCAGCAUCAGGGGAAGCCCGUCGAGGGACCGAGACACACCAACUGCCGAGGGGCGCGCCAUGGCUGGUCGCAGUCUGGUGCCCAAGAGGAUCAGGGCUGGACCUGGGGCAGUGACGGGAGUCGAUGUACCCGGAGGCUCUAGCUCCAGCUCAGGCUUGACGUCAGCAUGGCACAAGGGCGAUGACCUUCCCAGCGCUAACGCGACCUCAUCAGCUACCCCAGCAUCAGCCACCGCUUCAUUCUCUCCGUCAUCGAGCAACAUCGACUUGGGCAAGCUCCUCACCUCCUUGGACAAGGCCAAUCUCCUUUCUCUCCUCUCCUCCCUCCUCUCGCUCCGACCCGAACUCUCCUCGACCAUUCACUCACUCCUACCCAUUCCGACCCUCGAAUCAGUGAAUCAGUCCCUCGACGCCUACGAAAGCGACAUCAAGCAGGCUCUUCCCUUUGGCUCCGGAUCUGUACGCGCCGAGUACGCCUGGAAUCGCCUCAGAAGCCCAGUGGCGGACAUGGUUGCGGGCAUUCAGGGAUGGAUGGAGUUCUUCCGCGCUAAGCAGGAAGAGACGAGUGCUCAGAAUGAGGGCGUGCACCCCAGUACGAUGUUCAGCUUGCUGCUGAGUAUUACGAUCAGGACGAUCAAGAUUCAGCGAGAUUUGCUGCCGGCGGUCCCCUCUACGGCUCUGGGCAUGUUCAGUGGCAGCGGCGAGCAAGCACGUACGGCGUGGUCAUCGUCUUCUCCCUCGACCUUCCUCAGCGCUCUGCCCGCUUCGCUUUCCUCCCCUCACUCGCCAAACCUCAUCGUCACCACACUGCUUCCUCUACUUCUUGGCGCGUGGGACGCUCUCCUCGGCCGCAUCUCCCACGACAUUAACGUAGAGAGUAAGAUGCUCGGGCGAGAGGUCGUCGUGUCGUGGUUCAGGGGGAUCGAGCAGUUACUGGCCGAGUGCGAAGCGAGCAAGCAGCAGCAGCAGCAGCAGCAUGGUGACAGGUCGGCGGGAGCCGCAGAGCAGGGAUCAUCGGAGGGGGCCGAAGCCUUGCGGGCCAUUCAGGGUAGUGUUCAGAAGUUGGGCACACAGCUCAAGAGCGAGAUUGGGUGGACCAUCGGGCUCUACUGAUGCGUUGUCGCGUUAGAUGCUGGUCAGCUCCUCUUCGGCGGGCCGGCUGCAGACUCUCCCUCUUUCCAUUUCCGGCCUUUCGCUCUCUCUCUAUAUGAACAUCGCGAGGCCCACGUGCCGCCUUAUACCCCCCACGCUACCAUCUACUACAUCAAUGCGAGUUUCUUCUGAUCCUUUG